CGACGUGACGUUCGUGGUGGGCCGGGAGCAGCAGAAGGUGUUUGCGCACCGCUGCGUGCUGGCGUGCCGCUGCCAGGCUUUCCGGGGGAUGCUCAGCCAGGGACUGGUGGGCAGCGAGGACUCCCCCGGCAGCAUCCCACCCCAGGACCCCUUCGUCCUGGGCAACGUGCAGCCUGAGGUCUUCCUGGCUGUCAUCGAGUUCCUCUACACCAACAGCGUCACUCUCAACAGCCACAUCGCGCUGGAGGUGCUGACCUCAUCGGUGGAGUACGGCUUGCAGGACCUGUGCAAGCUCUGCGUUGAGUUCAUCAAGGACACACUGAGCGUGGAGCAGGUCUGCGAGGCUCUGCAGGCUGCGGUGACCUACGGGCAGGCAGACCUCCAGCAGCACUGCCUGGCCUUCAUCGAGGGCUGCACCACGGAGGUGGUGCGGACACAGGGCUUCCACGAGCUCUCCGACGAGGUGCUGGCGCGGGUGCUGCGCAGCGACCGCCUGGCCGUGGACGAGCUGGACCUGGUGCAGGCUGUGCGGGAGUGGGCGCACGUCAGCUCG